AUGGCGACCACCUCGAACAUGUUCCUUUACUCGCUGACGAUCCAGCCGCCAACCCACGUCGUCCAAGCGGUUCUGGGUCAGUUCGCAGGCACCAAGGAACAACUCAUUAUCACAGGGGCUGGAUCGCGUUUGACUCUUUUGCGACCCGACCCCCAGCAGGGAAAGGUCAUAACAGUACUAUCCCAUGACAUUUUUGGCAUUAUUCGCUCAAUCGCGCCUUUCCGACUUGCAGGAAGCAACAAAGACUACCUGAUUCUGGCAACGGACUCUGGCCGAAUCACUGUUAUCGAGUAUCUCCCUAGCCACAAUCGGUUCCACAGGCUUCACCUGGAAACAUUUGGCAAAUCUGGCGUCAGAAGGGUCAUCCCGGGAGAAUACCUUACCUGCGAUCCCAAAGGCCGAGCGUGUUUAAUCGCGUCAACGGAAAAAAACAAGCUUGUCUAUGUUUUGAACCGCAACGCCCAGGCGGAGUUGACAAUCUCAUCUCCACUUGAGGCUCACAAGCCCGGUGUUGUGGUAAUAUCCAUGGUGGCAUUGGAUGUUGGCUACGCGAAUCCAGUGUUUGCUGCCCUCGAGGUCGAUUACUCGGAUGUGGACCAAGACCCUUCUGGCCAAGCCCUUGAAGCUCUGGAAACGCAACUCGUUUAUUACGAGCUGGAUCUCGGUUUGAACCACGUGGUACGCAAGUGGUCAGAGCCCGUGGACCCCACCGCGUCUGUCCUCUUCCAGGUGCCUGGAGGCAACGAUGGACCCAGUGGCGUCCUUGUUUGUGGAGAGGAGAACAUCACGUACAGGCAUUCGAACCAAGAAGCCUUCCGUGUCCCCGUCCCCCGCCGUCGCGGCGCAACUGAGGACCCCACAAGAAAAAGAACAAUAGUUGCAGGUGUUAUGCACAAGUUGAAGGGCAAUGCUGGCGCCUUUUUCUUCUUGCUGCAAACAGAAGACGGCGAUUUGCUCAAAGUCACAAUCGACAUGGUUGAAAAUGAAGAGGGCGUUGCUACUGGUGAAGUGAGAAGACUCAAGGUCAAAUACUUUGACACAGUUCCAGUAGCAUCCAGCUUGUGCAUUCUGAAGAGUGGUUUUCUCUACGUUGCAAGCCAGUUUGGAGACUACUCGUUCUAUCAAUUCGAAAAGCUGGGUGACGAUGAUGACGAGCUGGAGUUCUCAAGCGAUGAUUACCCUGUCGCUCCCGAUGCUCCCUACGAAGCCGCUUACUUUUACCCUCGACCAGCCGAAAACCUGGCCUUGGUAGAAAACAUCCCAGCUAUGAACCCUGUCGUCGACUGUAAAGUCGAGAAUGUGACUGGCGAAGAUGCUCCACAAAUCUUUACCGUCUGUGGGAACGGGGCUCGAAGUUCUUUCAGAACUCUGAAACAUGGGCUAGAAGUCAACGAGAUUGUCUCAUCUGAACUGCCUGGUAUUCCCUCAGCAGUUUGGACACUGAAACUUGACCGAUCCGAUAAGUAUGAUGCCUACAUUGUGCUUUCAUUCUCAAACGCGACGCUAGUAUUGAGUAUUGGUGAGACCGUCGAGGAAGUAAGCGAUUCUGGCUUCCUCACUAGUGUGCCCACAUUGGCUGCGCAGCUUUUGGGCGAAGAUAGUCUUAUCCAGGUUCAUCCAAAAGGGAUACGACAUAUCAAAAAUGGACAGGUGAAUGAAUGGGCGGCUCCUCAACAUCGUUCUAUCGUCGCAGCUACGACCAACACCAAGCAAGUCGCUAUUGCGCUGAGUUCCGGUGAAAUAGUUUAUUUUGAAACUGACUCAGAUGGUUCUCUGGCGGAAUACGACGAGAAGAAGGAAAUGACCGGAACAGUCACGUCACUCAGCUUGGGUGACGUCCCUGAAGGCAGACUGCGAAGCUCUUUCUUGGCUGUGGGUUGUGACGACUGUACUGUUCGUAUUCUCAGCCUGGAUCCCGACUCCACCCUUGAGAAUAAGUCAGUACAGGCUUUGACUGCUGCACCGACUUCCCUGGCUAUCAUUGCAAUGGAAGACUCUUCUUCUGGUGGUUCCACCUUAUACCUGCACAUCGGAUUACAUUCUGGUGUUUACUUACGGACCGUUCUGGAUGAAAUCACCGGUGAGCUGACAGAUACACGCCAAAAGUUCUUGGGUCCAAGAGCCGUCAAGCUGUUCCAGGUCACUGUCCAGGGCACCACAUGUGUUCUCGGUCUCAGCUCACGGCCUUGGCUCGGCUACGCUGACCCUAUUUCAAAGGGUUUCGUAGUGACGCCCCUUGAUUAUGUAGAUCUGAACUGGGGCUGGAAUUUCAGCAGCGAGCAGUGUGAGGAGGGUGUUGUCGGCAUCCAGGACCAAUCCCUACGAAUUUUUUCUAUUGAUCGUUUGGGAGAGACGCUCAUCCAAAAGUCAAUCCGGCUUUCACACACACCGAAAAAAUUCGUCAAGCACCCUGAGCAACCGAUCUUCUACACUAUUGAGGCGGACAACAAUACGCUGUCUCCUGACUUGCAAGCUAAGCUUCUAGCUGAUCCUCAGACGGUGAAUGGGGGGCACAACACCCUGCCGCCUGAAGAUUUUGGCCACCCACGAGGUAAUCGUAGGUGGGCCUCGUGUAUGAGUGUUGUCGAUCCUGUCUCGGAAAACCCAUCAGUACUACAAACAGUUUAUCUUGAAGACAACGAGGCUGCCGUAAGCGUUGCUGUUGUUCCAUUUGCCAGUCAGGACAACGAGAGCUUUCUUGUUGUUGGAACUGGCAAGGAUAUGGUCUUGAGCCCACGUAGCUUCACCGAGGGAUAUCUGUACGUGUACCGGUUCCAAGAGGGCGGCAAGGAGUUGGAGUUUAUCCAUAAAACAAAGGUCGAGGAGCCACCUCUGGCACUACUCCCUUUCCAAGGAAAACUUGCAGCGGGUAUUGGCAAGACCCUCCGAGUCUACGAUCUUGGAAUGCGACAAUUGCUCCGCAAAACACAGGCCGAUGUUGCUCCUCAGCAGAUCGUGUCCCUCAAUACGCAGGGAAACCGUAUCGUGGUUGGUGAUGUGCAACAAGGAAUGACGUACGUAGUGUACAAGCCAUCCACCAACAAGCUCAUCCCAUUCGUCGAUGACACCAUUGCACGGUGGACCACCUGUUCGACAAUGGUGGAUUACGAGUCGACUGCAGGGGGUGACAAGUUUGGCAACAUGUUCAUCGUAAGAUGCCCACCGAGUGCCAGCGAGGAGGCUGAUGAGGAACAGUCCGGUCUUCAUCUCAUUAAUGCGCGGGAUUACUUACAUGGAACAUCACAUCGAUUAAACCUCAUGUGUCACUUUUUCACGCAGGAUGUCCCGACCAGCAUUACUAAGACAAGUCUUGUUGUUGGAGGACAAGACAUUCUGCUGUGGAGCGGCAUAAUGGGUACCAUCGGUGUGUUUAUUCCUUUUGUGAGUCGUGAAGAUGCGGACUUCUUCCAGAAUCUGGAACAACAUCUGAGAACAGAGGAUCCACCUAUUGCAGGUCGAGAUCACUUGAUGUAUCGAGGUUACUAUGCUCCUGUGAAAGGCGUCAUCGACGGUGAUCUCUGCGAGAGAUACACACUACUUCCCAACGACAAGAAGCAGAUGAUUGCUGGCGAAUUGGAUCGCUCAGUUCGCGAGAUUGAGCGAAAAAUAUCUGAUAUACGAACUAGGUCUGCAUUUUAA